CAGGAGUAUUUCGCCACCAGCGUCCUAAGUUACGUGCAUGAGGAUGGAUCAUUAUCGUGGGACGAGACAUGUGUGCUGUUUCAAAUAAUUCCAAAAUUCAACCGAGAUCCGAUUCUGAGGAUUCUAAAGGACGCUGGGAUCUUCUCAUUAGGUGAACGCAUGUCGUCACUCGUCCUGUCGUUUGUAGUGACGGCCGUUCUGGUCUAUAUCGGAGCUUUGAUCCCCACCAAGCCGUUCAGUAGUCAGCUUGCCGGCUUGAAGAAAGAAACGGCGCUUCGGACGUCCGUCGAGUUUGUGCGUCGCUGUCUGGCUGAGAGUAGUUACUGUUCAAACCUGUCAAGCUACCUGGGCAUCGGCAAUAAUCUUGACGACGUUCUGCAGUUUGUCAUGUUCGAGUGCAUCGACUGCCCUGAUGUGAUUGACUUGCAUAACAGGACGGUCAGACCGUGUUUCAAUCUCCGUGACGCUUAGCUUGGUCCCCAAGUUUGCAUUGUCACCGUUGAUGGUUAUGUGUUUGACUGGCGCAGAGUGAAGAUCAGAUGAAGUUUGUAUCACCAUGACGUUUAGCUGGGUCUCCAGGUUUGCAUCGUCACCGUUUUUUGCAAUUACACAAAAGGCUCGUACACACAAGUCAUGUCGACACACAUAUGCGCGUGUGCAUGCACGCACACAGACAAACACACAUAUGCGCGUGUGCAUGCACGCACACAGACAGACACACACACACGCAUACACCCGCGCGCUCACACACACAAUUCAAGCACGCACAGCCCUAUUGCCAAUUGCUAAAACCUGUUUUUUUGUGCAUGAACCGUGAAUUAUCUCUGUAGAAUUACAAGUAACUUAGUUGUCCUUCGAAGCAGCCAACCCUCCUGCAUAAAAUUAUCCAAAUUUAGUUUACCCACUGGAAAGUAUUACAAUCCUACUUCACUCGCUAACAAAGUCGAGCAGCUAGUUGUCUGGAGAUUCAGCAUUUCCCUCGCUUUAUCAUUCCUUGCGUUUUCAAACCCACUAUGCCCAAUGGCUUCCCUUCGUAUUGCAGCAUUUCAAAACUUGCAUGCAUCAUGCCACACCGAUUUGAAUAUACAUGUACUUCGAAGUAAACGACUGGAUUUCAUUGA